GUGUAUUUGCUUUUGUUUGUAGGCAACGAAGCAAAGUGUAAACGACCGUAUGCAGAGAAAACUACCACCACCAUGUAUACCGAUGUACCUAUUGCGUGGAGUUUUUGUAUUCAUAAUUUUGGGUUGUCUCUUCUUGCUGGCAAUUGUACAAAUAAUUUUACGUCGAGCGAUGGCAAAAUAAAAAUUCGAAGUUAAUAUCAAACGUCAGUACGUCGAGAGCGUUCAGCGAGUAUAAUUCAUUAGUUUACAGAUACUCUAGUGAAGAAACGUAUAGCGUUAGUGCAUUGAGUUUUCUUUACUCAAUUACGCACGUACUCGUAUUGAAAAUAUUUGAAGUACUAUAGAAAAUAUGAAAACAAAUAUAUAAAUUUGUGUUUUUCAAAAUUAUUUGAAAGAAAAUACUUACAAAAUAGUGUUAAUAGUGCUUGAAAAAACUUGUGUCUUUAUAUUGGCACAAAGCACAAAAGCAACGAGUAAACUUUUGACAUUUCGUGUGAUUGCAUAGUGAGAGCAGCGCAAGCACAUAAGAGCAAACAAAGAGAUAUAGUGGAGUGGAGCUAUAUUGUGCUUACUGUGGGAGACCUGCAAGUGGGGGCGAUUUACUUGGAAAAUAUUAAAAAGUAAUAUUUUCUUAAAAAGCCUUAUGCAGUGACAAUAAAUUGUUGAAAAUUAAUAAUAAUUUUAAAAAAUUUUCUGCCAAAACGCUAGUGUCUACAGUGCAUAGCAGUGGGUGCAGGUUAGGUGGAGCUGGCUAAACAACGAAACUGUACCCCAAGUGAUUCGCACCAAUUGAGCAUUGAAAUAGUGUGGAAGAAUCAUCGUAUAAAAAACAAAAGUGGGGAAACCAACAAGUUUUGGCGCGAAAACUUUUGACAAGUACCAAGUAUUUUGGCAUUGGAGACUGAAAACUUGUAGCAACAACACAACGUGUUUCAGGAAAUUGCUGAAAAACACUCAGUUGAAUAAAACAACGUCAUUGGCAAAGUGUUAAGUGUUGUUGCAAGCAUUUUGUUGGCAAAAAACAUAAUAAUAAAGCCAUUGCAUAGCAAUAAGCAAAGGAAGUGUUUGCAAAAGACAAUCGGCAGUGCUCGUAAUUAUAUUUCAGUGACAUUUAUUGUUUGUUAAGCAAUAUUUUAACAAGUAUUAUAAGUGAUGACUGCUGCACGUGUUAUAAAUCCAGUGAUUUUAACCGAAUUCUGUAAGCUGCGCGCUAGUCCGAGUGCAAUGGGACGCAAUAUGACUUGUAAUCGUCAGUUGAACCGUAUUAAGCGUGAUCUCUUUGGACCAGCCAACCCGGUGGAAACACAAAAAGCCUUCGCCGAGGAACUGGACAAACAUCAAGAUCGUGCUAUAAAAAAAUGGGGUUUUGACUUCCGCAACGGCUCCCCACUCACCACCAACACACAAUUCGUUUGGGAGCGUAUUUCCUAUCAGGAAUCAAAUUGCGCACCCGAAGUCUAUACACUAACGCGUGCUGCACAUGUACGUCCUGCAUUGGUGGUGCCGUCAAAUGCCGAUUUACUAAUGGACGAACGGGCCGAACGUGAAAAUUACAUGAUGAACACAUCAACAUCGACCGACACAGAUUCCUGCGGCGAUUAUGACUCACAGGAUGAGUCGUUGGUGUUCAAAGUACCCGACACCGAACAUAGCGGCAGCAAUAAGCGUGCGCAUAAUAACAGUGCUGCUGGCAGAUCGCCACUGCGCAAGCGCCAGCCGAAAAUUACAGAAUACAUGAAGGAGCGCAAACGCCUCGCCCAAACGCCGAAAAAGGUCUCACCCGCCAAGCGUGCGCGCACCAGCUCGGGCAGCAGCACAGGACCCAGCCACAGCACGCAUGCGUACAGCAUUAGCGCGCAUUUCUCACUGCAGCGAAGUUUACAACGCAAUAAUUAAAUGCAGCAAGCAAGCAAUGCUUUGCAAAUUUUCCAACCUUAAAUCUAAUAUAAUUAGUAUAUAAUGAACUAUAUACCAGCAUACAUAUACAUAUAUAAAUAAUUAAUUGUAGCUAACUAUAUAUUAAUAGCUAUUAGUUACUCAUAAAUGCAUAAAUAUAUAUAUACAUAUAUUUCAUAGUGUAUAUUGAAUUGCGUACAUUUGUAAGCUAGUUUCACCCAUUAGUUGUGUAAUUUUUUUUUCUAAUUUUUAUUUUAAUUUUUUCUUUAAUUAAAAAUUUUUUGUUUUAAUUUUUUAAAUUUAAUUAUUGUUAUAACAUUUCAAAAUCAAGCCAUAAACAUAGUUGAUUUAAUGUAAAAUUCAAAAUGUCAAAAUGUACGGUUAUACUUGAAGUCACUCGCUUGCAAAACGGUUUUUUAACUCUUUGCUAUAGCUUCAGGUUAACUGUGCUAUUUUUUCUAACAGAUUUAAAAAUUUGAAAAUUUUCUGUAUAUUUAAGCCAAGAAGCGCAAAUUUAAUUGAAAUAACUGUUUAAAUAUGCACAUAUAGACUACGAAAUUUUGUAAGACCAACAAAAAAAAAAAAAAUCAGUAACUAAACAACUAAGCUAAAUUUGAAAACGAAAAUAUAUGCAAAAUUUAUACUGUAAGUUGUACGAAAGUGGCAAUACCAUUUAUAAAUUUACAACAAAAUUUACAAACAAAAAAACAGAACAAAACACACAUAUACACACCUAUACAUAUAUACAUUUAUGCCAAAAUUGAAAACUUAACUAAUAAGCUAGAUCAUAUAAGCACACAUCAUGAUGAAUUGUAAAUAGUUUAAGUUUCAAAAUGUUGCAUUGCACUUUCAAAAAUGUCAAAUAUCAACAAUCGAAUACAAAGUAUACGAAGCAAAGCAAUAUUUGACAUUUCAACAACUGUAAUGCAAGCAAGAAAAUUCCAUUUAACUCUUGAAAAUUGCGCUCGUGCAUUGUUUGCGGGUGUACAAGCUCAACGCAAAAUUUAACGCUUUUUUGUUAUUUUAAUUUAAAAAAAAACGCUAACUUUUGCGCCUAAUAUGUGCCACGGUAGUUGUAAAAACUUGAAAAAUUGUUAAAAUUUUUUUCAAAAACGCUGCCAAAUUGUCGUAAAGUGUCGAAACGGCAAAUUUUCCAAACAUUGCUUGACACGUGAUUUUCAAAAAUUUGUUAACUUACUUUUUCAAAUACCUUAAACCUAACUAUACGCCUUAAACGAAGUACAAAUUGUAAAAAUUAUUAAUUUUCUAAGCAAGUACAAAUUCAUUUUCGGUUUAAAACGCACAACUUUUGGGUAUAUUUAGAAAUUGAGUUAUUUGCAUAAAAAUGCAUAUAAACUGUAACAUAAUUAACAUUAGUUAAAAUUAAUCACAGGCAAAAUUUACAAUAAUCAAAACUUACCAUGAUCAAAAUUCACCACGGUCAAAACUUACCACGACCAAAAUUCACCACUGUUAAAAUUUAAAACCUUUAAAAUUUAACACUAAAAAUUCAACUGUUAAAAUUUAACACUGUAAAAAUUCACCACAGUCGAAAGUCACUACAAACAAAACUCACCACAGCAAAAAUGCCGCAGAGUUAAAACGCACUGCAGCCGCCUACCCAGUGUGCACUACAGUGCUCCUAGAAAGGCAAAAACAACGCUUGUAGCAAACAAAAAGCUGCAAAUGCAAUUGCAAGCAAUUUUUGCUUGCUAUUGGUCGACUUACAACUUUACAAAAAUGCUUGCUGCCUGCGCAUGCUGCUUGUCGUUUGCAACCACAUAGCACGUUAUUGGCUAUGUUUUUCUUAAAAGCAUUUCAUAUUACUUAGUCUAAGCGUUGCCAUAAGUUUCACAAAAUCACACGCUGCUCAAACUGUUUACGGUUGUUGUUUUUGUUGUAUUUUUUUUAUAUACACUCACUGCAAUCUAGUUGGAGCAGUGUCUUGAUUUUGCCUGCUAUUUUAUCAACUAUAA